AUGUCUUCAACUUAUCCCAACCCCACUGCUCCAGUCACUAGAGCGGUCUCUACGAUCUACAGACGCAAUCAACCUCCCCUCAACGUCUACAGAGAAUCGGUCACUCUCCUUGUCGGCGCAAACAAGGAACUCUACACUUGCCAUAAGGAUCUUCUGUGCUUCUACUCGGACUUCUUCCGCGCUGCCUUCGACGGCUCUUCCAAGGAAGCGGUCGAGCGUAAGAUCGAGUUGCCCGACGUCGACACUGAUGUCUUUGAGGCUUUCCAAUACUGGCUCUACACUCAGUCGUGGCCGGAGAACAAAGUUGAGCCAAACGACUUUCCUGAGUGGUCUCUUCUUGUCAAACUCUGGAUCUUCGGUGAUCAACAUCAGAUUCCACUGCUCCAAAACCGCGUUAUGGCAUUGGUGAUCUACAAGAUCGAAGACGAUCAAAGUAACCCUCUCUUCCUGAUCCAAGAAGUCUAUGAGAACACGACAUCGAGCUCUCAGCUUCGCGAGGCCGUUGUUGACAUGGUAACCCACAAAGCAAGCUCGCUCAAGGAAACAGAUGGAGAAACUCGCCUUGCUGAUCAAGCCUUGCUUGACAUUACCAAUGCGAUGAAUCGUAUCUCACCCAACGGUCGCCACUACCCACGCGCGCUAUGCCGUGGAUGCCACUACCACGUUCAUGCCAAGGGCGAACACUGUUGA